CCAGAUCGCGCCAGUGAUCGUGAUGGUGAUUCGAUAUCAAUUCGGUGUCACUAUCAUGUCCACUUUCUCCUUGUCGCGAUGGCGUGAUGCGCGUCUGAUCCAACUGGCAGCUGUUCCUCAGGGUCGAGAAUCAAGAUGGUCGAUGCGAAUUAGCUCUUCGGCACGAUUUCUGCCGGGGUAAUGAAUUCCAGCCUCUUCGAAGAAACCUAAUCGAUUUCCACUUCUCACUCCCUGUUCCGAUCUGUAUGUUUACACGAUCUCGAGAUUCUCACCGGGUUUUCAACAGGAACAGUAUAACUGGAAGAACCUGUAUGUGCAAGAUCCAAAGACACUCACCUUUGUGGGAGACGUCCAACUCAAAGUCCAGAGCCGAGGUACAAAGUGUCAGCUCACGUGAAGCUCUAUCUCGGCGCGGUAUCGGGCCCGCCCACUACAGCAAUCUUGACGACGGCUCCAGGACUUUGAAAUGCGGAGAACACAAAGAUCUGGAUGCUCAAUUAUUAAUAUCGUGGCCACCUGGUCAUUCCACGCGACCCUCAUGCAUGAAAGAACAUGUGAGAACAAGCUUUGCCUUACCAUGAACUCUCUGGAACGCAAGAAUACAUUAUACCGUGGUGAGGGCUGCCGGACAAUCUUCAAGCGACCAGCAAAUACCUGGUUGAAGCUUUCCAACCACCCUGUCACUCCACGCAUACCCUACUCAUGCCGAUCUUACGAGGCGUCCACCAUGAUCCCCGCAGGACUACUGUGGUGGUCAUUUCCAGAUGCUGGUUUUACGUCCACACAAGAUCCCCACACAAUUCAAAGGCCAUUUGGCAGGCCGGCGGUCUAUCACACACGGACUCUAACCACUUUCGGCAUGAUACCGGUGGUCCUCCAGACUAUCCACACCGCUUUCAGUGUAACCUCCGAGGAAGGGUCACUCGUCCAAGUCCAAAAUGACAGAAGGACCUCGACAUGCCAGUGCCAGGGUACGCGUCAUGCAACAGGCCGCUCACAAUGCAGGCUUCAUCAAGCGCGACUCUUGCUCGGGACCACUUCUUUACGUUGUCCUAGACAUUGGCCUUACUGGAAGGCGCAUGCUGACAGCCAUCUCCGUGGAAAAGGCCGUUCUAGUAAGUUAUGUUGUUGACCUUGUUCAACGGCAAAUCAUCUCCCAGAUGCUGAGUCGAUCAUAUCUGGUCAUGUCCAAGUUCUAAGACGAAGGGACGUC